UAAUUCUCCGCAAAGCGUACCCCCUCUUUUGUUGUCCAUGUGAAAAGCCAUUUGCAUGUGUUUCCCUUGCGUGUGGAGAUAGCCAUCUAAACUUUGAGGUUUUGGCGGACUCUGGACAGGAAGUUUAUGGCCAUCUCGGAGUCAAAACUACCAUAGAUUGUCCAUGUCAACCCUGUAUGCGAAUGGCUGUAAUGAUGCCCGCACAUUUGGCUUACGGUAAGAGACACUGGGGUUUUCCCUUUCACCGGACCGGGUUCUCUGUUAGCCGGAAAGCAACAUACUUUUACUUCGGCUUUCUUUGAUCAGUGGCCAGCAUGGCGCCUUCUGCAUACAUCGCGCCCGUUGGAGAUUCCGCACUCAUCUUUCGAGAUGAUAUCUUCAAGGGCAAAGUGCUCUUCUGUACGGGUGGUGGUUCCGGAAUCUGUCGGGCGAUGACGGAAGCUGUGAUGCGUCAUGGAGCCAACGCCGCUAUUGUUGGACGCAAACUUGACCGGCUCACACAGGCUGCGAAGGAACUUUCAGAGGCGACGGGUCAAGUCUGCAUCCCCACGCAGGCAGAUGUCAGACAACCAAAGGCCCUUCAAGAGGCCGUCUCGAAGACGAUAGAGAAAUUCGGCCGCAUCGACUUUGUCAUCUGUGGUGCCGCCGGCAACUUUUUAGCACCGAUAUCCGGUCUAUCAGAAAAUGCGUUCCGAACCGUGAUGGAAAUAGACACUAUUGGAACGUAUAACACGAUCAAAGCGACACUUGCUCAUGUCCGUGCUUCCAAGGGCUCCUACAUCAUGACCAGCGCGACGCUCCAUUACAACGGGACUCCCUACCAAGCUCACGUAUCAGCAGCAAAAGCCGGUGUAGACGCUCUUUCCAAUGUUCUUGCCGUCGAAGAAGGUCCGCAUGGCGUGCGCUCGAACGUCAUAUCCCCCGGUCCCAUAGCCAACACAGAGGGCGCGGCCCGUUUAGCGUCCGUGGCUGGCAAAGAUAGCCCUUAUCCAUUAGGACGUCCCGGUGAUGUCAGAGAUGUCGGCAACGCGACGAUAUUUCUAUUCAGCGAUGCUGCUUCAUUUGUAACGGGCCAAAUACUGGCCGUCGAUGGAGGCAGUGAGCAUCUUCGGACGACGCAGCUGCCGUAUCCGGCUUCGGUGUUGGACCCUUCUGCUACGCUGAAGGUGCUCAAAGCAAGGAUGUAGAGUAUCUCUGCAUAACGAAGUCUUUACUUGUCUGUCUGGAUGACGUAGUUACCAUACAUUCAUGACACGUCCCGAUCAUCAUGCGUGGUUCCCUUGUCCGCCUCCCGACGAGUAUAAAAGCGCGCUCCUUCCAUUCCAACUCCCUGGCGCUCCUUUCUCUCCUUCUCCCACCAUUGAACGCGAGUUC